AAGGCAGCUGGGGAUCUCUCUUUUUGCCUCUUUUCCUGGGCGAGGAGCGUCUCGCCUGGCUUUGGGCUUCAUGUUGUUUUAGCUCAUCUUGUGCUUUUGGUUUGUAAUUUGGCCGUGGUUAGGUAAUUGGCUGGUUAAAGGCACCAGGAGCCCGCAGCCAAUCAGCGCGCAGCUUCCAUUUGGCUUGAGUUAUUAGACGCUGAUCUAAAAACAUCCUUCACCAGACAGCUAAGGAGAGGCCAACAGAUCAGGCAGCCAUUUUUCUGCAAUGGAAUUAAAUGGCCAACUGGGUUUUCCUUUGUUCCAAAAGGGGAUACUUUAUUUGAAUCCACACCAUCCAUUUCAGGACUUCUCAGUGUUGUAUUAAUGUCUGACAACAUUUUAAAGGACUCAAUGAAGAAGGAAGAUAAAAAAGAUUUGGAUUUUUCCUUAUGAUUUGGAAUCCAUCUUUGUCUUGUGUAACUAGGUCAUGGCACACCCUUAUGUCAGCAGUAACAAUUUUGAAUUCAAAAAUAAGUAAAUACAUAUUUUUGUUUGGGUUUUUUAAUCUUUAUAACUAUAUUAUGACUGAACAAUAAAUUUUAAAAAAAUAGUUCCUGUAUUAAACACUUAAUUCCUGGCCAUUUUUAUUAACUCCUUUGGUGCUUAUAAGGUAACGUUUUAAAUAUAGAUUUAGGAAUAGUGAAUUCUGGCAUAAAAAUUUACUAUGAUAAACUUUUUUUCUUUUACAUUGUAAGUACCCAAUCCAUUCUGUCCUUACUAAGUGUAGUUUUCAUGUUAAUGUUACUGGAGUUGUCCUUAUUUCUGAGCCUUCAUUUGCAUGUCUUAUGUUUUUUUGUCUGUUUAGCUAAAACAAUUUUAUGCUUUUAAAAUAUUUUAUUUAUAAAGCAAAAUAUCUAGCGAGAGAUGUUUUUAAAAUGUUUACAAACAGUAAAUGUUAACCAGGUGUUUUCACACUAACAUGUACAGACUAAAAUAUUUGGGGGAAACAUUUUUGAGUUUCUGUGUCGUCUGGAAAGCCACUGGCUGUCCUUUUAAUGUACAGAGUAAAUCUGUCACAGGAACCUAGAUUUAAGCCUCGAGUAAAAGUCCUAACUGGAUACUGUCAGUCAACAUAACUGGACAACAUUUUCUAUAGUUUUUUGAUGCUACACCAUUGCCAUAUAAAGAUCUUUAAAUGUCUUAACAAGAUACGUUUUGACUUGCAAAUUCCCCAGAGAAGUGGGGAUACAGAUUAUAUAGCUAUAUAUUUAGAAAUAUGUUUUAAAAAAGCUAAACAACACAACUUCACCUUGAGAACUGCAUUCAUCAGUGGUGAGCGGAAAUAUGCACCUUCUGUAUUUGAGAAGUAUACCACCAGUAUUACCGUUGGCAAUAAAGAAGUAAUUCUGAAUUUGUAUGACACUGCAGGGCAGGAGGAUUAUGAUCGGCUACGACCACUUUCAUACCAGAAUACAAACAUGGUCUUAAUUUGUUAUGAUGUUAUGAACCCUACUAGCUAUGAUAAUGUUUUAAUUAAGUGGUAUCCUGAAAUAAGUCACUUCUGCCGUGGAGUCCCUCUAAUACUUAUCGGCUGCAAAACAGACCUUCGAAAGGAUAAAGAACAUUUACGUAAGCUCAUGUCUUCUGAGCAGGAACCAAUCACAUAUACCCAGGGUGAAGCAACUUGUCAGCAGAUGAAGGCACAAGCUUAUCUGGAGUGCUCAGCCAAGUGUCGAGAAAACAUAGAGGAUGUUUUUAAAGAAGCAACAAACAUUGCACUGAAUGCCAUGAAAAAAGCUAAGCGCCGAAAAAAGAGGAAACGGUGUUCAAUAUUAUGAUGAUCCAGACUACUGGGACUAUAGAAGAGUUUGUUAAAAUCUUGAUACAUGUAUUACCAAUAGUUUAUUUUUAUAAUUUGUCUUUUUUUCAGUACAUUUAUUCCUACUUUGAUUUUAUUUUUAAAAUUUGAUUUUGUAAUAGUGUGCUUUUGUUGCACCUCAUAUGAAGAUUUCAAAGCUCUAUCGAUAUUAGGUUGAGAUAGAUGGCUAUGUAUAUCUGGAUUUUGUUCCUGACUGUAAAUGACUGUCAGCCAGGUUCCAAAUCCACUAUCUUUUAUUUAUACACUGACAGUUUGACUGGCAGUCUUUAUUGCUCAUAGUUUUAUUCUAGCACAUAGGUGCUAGUACUUCUGGCUCGGAUUUAUUGGUCUUGUUCACUACUGAAUUGACAUGGAAAGGAUAGAAAUGGCUGCUUCUCUCAAAGAAAGACUGAAGUUAAAUCAGAGCAGAUGGUCAGAUUCAGAAAGGAUAAAAAUCAAAGUUCUAUAUUGAGGAGUUCUAAUUAUAAUUACAAAGCAACAGCUCUAUUAACCAUUCUUCUCAGUGUAGCCUCAAGCAACUGCCCCAAACUAUGUACAUGUACUAUUCUGCUGCAGCUUUAUUAGAAUGUCCACUUCGUAAAGCAGCUGUUUGGAAAUCUGUUGUGUGGUCUCUCCAGAUUGGAUUGAUGAUAAUAGAAAGUGUUUUACAUCCUUCGUUAUAGUCUACUCAGAAAACCGCUCAAUGCUUUACCUCUGGCAGGUAACAGCAGCCACAAUUUUGAUACCCGGAGAGAGGAUCUAAUGUGCAAUACAAGCAAAACUUAUUUUAAAAUAAACAAAAGUGCAAUUUAUUCAACACUGUGCGCUUGUAUGAUGUGUGGCAAACUGAGCUGUGCUACUUACAUCUGUGUUAAGAAUUACAUGGUGAAAUCAUCCCUGCUGCCCCACAAUGAAUAUUUUACCUUCAAGGACAUCUAGUUAAACAAUGCAUGCAAAGUGUCCUAGUUGCUUCCCAUUUAAGUGAGAGGAACCAUCCCAUUAAAAUUAGCACCUGCACUCCAAGACUUUAAAGUCUUGCGAGAAAUGUCUCUGUAUGUGAGGUUGCUACAGCUGAAGAUUUUUCACAAUAAUGUUACACUACAGAAAUAGCAUGUUUUAAAACUAUAUUUUACAGCAGAGGUUCUUUCUGAAAUAUGCCAUGGUUUGGGCUGUAAUAUACAGUCCAUCCUAGGGGAGAGUGGGUUGUGUUCAUAGCAUGUCAGCAAGUUAUUUCUCUGUCUGAGAGGCUUACGUUUGCAGUUUUUGCCAGGAUUCCUGCUAACAACCUGAAAAGUUCCAAAGCUCAGGUUAUUAGGUUAGAAACAUUAAGUUUCCGGUCUUAUCUUCAUUUGGUUGUGGAUACAGCUAAUAGAAAAAUCCACCUUGGAGUGAUCUAUUUCCUUUGUGUUGUAUGCAAGUGGGAUGCAGAGGUUUUGUUAACUUGGAAUUGACCCCAGAACUAGCCUGCAAAAAAUCUAAGGACCAUUAAGAUUCACGGAGGCCUUUACAUACCUCCAAGCUCAAAAUGGAAUAAUCUGGAAAUCCAAAACAAGCUUUGGACAUUCUACUCAUGUCUAGAGACAGACUGAACAUGAAGGGAAGGAGGGAAAACCUCCAUUGCUCUAUUAAAAAAAAAAAAAAGGCAAAA